CACAGUUUAUUUCAAGUACGUAAUAUGAAUUAUUACACGAUUGGAGUCCCAAAUGUUUUAUGAUAAUUUGUGAUUUUGUGGGAAUAUUUUUCCCUAAGCUAUUGAUCAGAGCAGAGUUGUUUAGUAACAUUUGUGAAGCUCUGAAGAUGAUUGGACAUGAGAAAAGAGAUGAAUUCUGACGUGGAAUCCAAGCAGACCACGUACGUUACGCCCCACUGAGCGAUCGAGUUACCCCCACUUUCAGUAUCAAAGUGUAUACAUUUCAUUUAACCAUCACAGCCGACAGAUGUAUAUAAUAGGCUACAAAUUAAAAUCACUCUGAAUCGCACGAGCUGGAGGUUAAAUCAAGGAACAAGAGCUACGACUGCGAGAUACACCCAACAUGCAGAACUUUAUUUUUUGGCUUUUCGCUCUCGUUCUUCUUUUAUGUUUCGUCCGAUCGACCUCUCACUGGUGGUUUAUGUCUCAAGUGCACACAGCAGGCGACAGAAUUAUGUGUGAUAACGUACCUGGUUUGGUAAACAUCCAACGACAACUUUGUCGAGAGAACCCUGAUGUUAUGGUUGCCACUGGAAAAGGCGCAAGGCUUGGAGUGGAGGAAUGUCAGCGACAAAUGAAAGACCAGAGAUGGAAUUGUUCCACCGUGCCGCGGGAUGAUAGCGUGUUCGGGAAAAUAAUGAAGAAAGCGAGCCGGGAAAGUUCCUUUGUAUACUCAAUGACAUCUGCUGCAGUCGUACACGAAGUAACCCGUGCGUGUGGGCGAAACGAACUCAAGAAUUGUACUUGCGUCACAAAUCACAAAGACAGAAGUCAGAAAAACUUCGACUGGAAAGGAUGUAGCGACAACAUUGCCUUCGGUCUGAGAUUUGCCAAGUUAUUUGUGGAUUCUGUCGAACAUGAAAGAGACCCACGCGCCAAAAUGAAUCUCCACAACAACUUGGCUGGAAGAAGAGUAGUACAAAGUCAAAUGGUUUUGAUCUGCAAGUGUCAUGGCAUCUCUGGUUCAUGCGAAUAUAAAACAUGUUGGAAAGGAAUUGCUCCGUUUGGUGCUGUGGGCAGUUAUCUUCGUGAUAAAUAUCACGCUGGCGUCCUUGUCACUGUUAACCACAGCAGCAGUGACUCUAGUGAGCUCGUGGUGGCUAAAGGGAAGUCUUCAAUUAAACCUCCACGUGACGAUCUCGUGUUCUUAGAGGAGUCCCCGGAUUACUGCGUUCGUGAUUCCAACACCGGCUCGCUGGGCACCGCGGGAAGAGUUUGUGAAACGACCACUUUAGGGAACGGGAACUGCAGGCUUCUGUGCUGCGAGCGCGGGUUUAAUACGAUUCAAAUCGAGGAAGAGUACCAGUGCGCUUGCAAAUUUCACUGGUGUUGUCUCGUAAAGUGCAAAAUUUGCAGAAAAACUGUCGACAGGCAUGUGUGCAAUUAGCCCGAGGAAGAAACAUCUCUUUACAAUGGACGUUGAUAAUACGGUCAACUCCCGAUAACUCAGACCUUGAAGGAAUUGAAAAAGGUUCGACUUAUCGGGAGUUGAGAACAAAUAUAUAACGUAAUGAAAAACAAAGCAAAGCAAAAAAGCAGGAGAAGUCCAGGCAUUGCGAACGUUGCAGGUUUCACAGAGAACAACGUCGGGCUACCGCUACAGAGUUCAGGAAAUUCACUUUUUCGAGAAAUAGUUUCAAUGUUUUGAACUACAGAUUGAUUGUUUUGAGUUGUCAUGUUUUGACAAACAUGGUUCGAGUUAUCGAGGGUAAAAUUAUAUGGAAAAUGAACUGAAGGGAAAGGAAAAUUUCCUAGAGUUAGCGGGAGGUUCGAGUCAUGUGGAUGCAGGAGUCGCCUGUAAAGAGGAAACUCCUAAAAAGUCUGGGUGGUGGAAUAGUUUCACUAGUUAAAAACAAUAGCCUAACUGUUUUUAGCCAUAGAUUUAUUUCUGAGUCGUCCGAGUUCUGCGUGGACUACUUACGAAGUAGUUUGUCGAAUUGCUUUAUCCAAAACGCGAAAAAGGAACUGGACAAUAUUUCCGCAAUUCACGCCUCGUCUGGCUCAAUAUAUUUAUACUAGUUAUGCAACACUUUCGAGUGCUAUACCAUGAUAUAUCCCACGGUCACCUUUAUUUUCUUGGCCUAUAAGCACUCGCCUGUGCCAUAGAAAAUACGCAAUCAAUGCGAUAUACGCGCGGCACAUGAUGGGAAGGUUGGAUGUAAUACCGUCGAAUAUACAACGGCUUAUCUCUAUUCUGAUUGGCUGUAUUUUUUAUGGCAUGGUAUGUAUGCAAAAUUAUAAAUUUUUAAUGUUACAUGUCUACGCGACGUUCGUUGAAUAAUCCGUUCGCUGUUUUCAAGACUGCGCAUACAGUCAUUACAGGUUUUGUUAGCUGACCAGUUCUAUGAAACAUCUAGUAUAAACUAGCUGGGUGAGCUGUGGCAGCCGUUGACCCUUUGAUUCGAUAUGGUAGUAGCAGUAUUAGUAGUUUAUUAAAAUUCUCUGGGGGUCUUAGACUGAAUUAACGAGCUAGGCUUACAAGAAAUAAUAUUCAAUAAAUCUAACUAAUCUAAUACUACUAACGAUUAACUAAUUGAAAUAUUUAAAUAUGAACAAUUCCUCACUUUUCCUGGUUCUACAAUUAAUUAAGUUUUUAAACAAAUAAAAUUGCCACGGGAUUGUUCUUAAGUUGUAACGACAAUUAUUAUAACAACGAGUUUUGAUGCUAAGUGAAACAGAGGAUGAUCACUCUGCUUCAUGUUAUCCAUAUACUUAAAACGCAAGUACUUGCUCCUAUCAGCCAGUGUUGUUAAUUUAGCCAACUGGAGGGUGUCUGAGUAAGUUUCAACCGCUAGGAAUGAUAUGGGUUAGGGCAGCUCACUUUUAUAGCCAAGCGUAUUUACACCAGCAAUUUAUUUGUAUCUAUCUAAACGAUUCAUUUAUAGGAGUCCAACUUUUUGAACUCUUUAGUUAAAUGUUCAAUUUUUAAUUACUGUUUGCCAUCAGUCUAGAACCAUCUUAUGCGACGCUCGAAUAAUAAAUAUGAUAACUAAUGAUCAGGGCUGGAAAUAACAGUCGGUCAUCGGACAUUGUCCGACCAAAUUUUGAAUAUGUCCGGUCAAUUUCCCAUUCUGAUCGGACAUGAUGACCAAACAUUUUACCAACACCAAGUUAUUGUCCAUCCAUAAAAUUUGGUU